AUGUCUCUGUUUCUGAGUGUGUUUGUGGGUUUUGCAUUGUUGGGUCUGGUUAGCUCAGCUAAGUUUGAUGAGCUUUUCCAGCCAACCUGGGCUUUCGAUCAUUUCACCCAUGAAGGAGAGCUCCUUCACAUGAAACUUGACAACUUCUCUGGAGCUGGGUUUCAAUCCAAGAACAAGUAUUUGUUUGGCAAAGUGAGCCUUCAGAUUAAGCUUGUAGAGGGUGACUCUGCUGGAACAGUUACUGCUUUCUAUAUGUCAUCGGAUGGCCCAUCUCACAAUGAGUUUGACUUUGAGUUCCUGGGCAACACCACAGGCGAACCUUACUCAGUGCAGACCAACAUUUAUGUGAAUGGCGUCGGCAACAGGGAGCAAAGAUUGAACCUUUGGUUCGACCCCACCACGGAGUUUCACUCCUACUCUAUCUUCUGGAACCAGCGCCAAGUAGUGUUUCUAGUGGAUGAGACACCAAUUAGAGUCCACACCAACAUGGAAAACAAAGGGGUGCCCUUCCCCAAGGACCAAGCUAUGGGGGUGUACAGUUCAAUAUGGAAUGCAGAUGACUGGGCCACACAAGGUGGUAGGGUCAAGACAGAUUGGUCCCAUGCACCCUUCAUUGCAACCUACAAGGGCUUUGAAAUCAAUGCCUGUGAGUGCCCAGUUUCUCUUGCAGCAGCAGAUAACGCAAAGAAGUGCAGCAGCAGUGGGGAUCAGAAGUAUUGGUGGGAUGAGCCUACAUUGUCAGCCCUCAAUCUCCACCAGAACCACCAGCUCGUGUGGGUUAAGGCUCACCACAUGUUCUAUGACUACUGCACUGAUUCUGCUAGGUUUCCAGUGACACCUCUUGAGUGUGUUCAUCACCGCCACUAG